AUGUCGGGCGGUGAUUCCGAAGAAGGAUCGUCUCAGCCCGCCCCAUCAGAAUUCGAAUGGGAGUUGUGUCGCGAGAAUAUCAAGCCUCUCAAGACAGGACGUCGUGUUGAAGCGAUAAACCAGGCUCUCGCUUUGAGCGCAUACGGCUCCAAAGCCCAGACGUUGGCAACCCAGAAGUUCGAUGAAAUCAUGGAAAUAUGUGAGACAUCACCAGAUCCUCUCAAGCAUUGCCUUGAAUUCUGCACUUGGUUCGACCAAACGUUUCCACAUGGACGUCAGCGAUUAUAUUACUCGUUACUAUGGAAAAUAGUACACAAAUACGCGAAAUCUCCUGAAUAUCUCGAAGACGAGAGAAUGUUGCGUAUCUGGGAGAAGUUAGCCGAUAAUAGUCUUGAUCAUGGAUGGGAAAUUUACCAGCACGCAAACACGAUUGGAUCUUUAGUCAGAUGUGCGCAACUAUAUAUUCGUUGGUCUGAAGAUCUGGAGAUGCGUGGUGCGAUAGCAGAUGCGAGAGCUGUACUCCGUCGUGCAAGACGGAAUGGGGCGUUACCGCCGGAAGCAAUAGACGAUGCAGAGGACCAGUUGGAAAUGCGAGAAGUUCGACGCCAUCUACAAAAGGAGAAUGCCGACGACUCAUGGGAUGAUAACCACUUGGACGAGAAUGGCGAGAGGGUGGCGUUCACAAGACUGACAGCUCUUGGAGACUCAUCAGAAGCUCCAGUAGUUCGUCUCCCUUGCAUUGUUGGUGAACAAGGUAGCAGCAAAUUGGAUAGAGGCCAAACGAAACAGAAACCAGUAAACAAUGGAGUGCCGGCAUUCCAGGUUUUUGAGGAUGAUGGAGAUGGUGCUGACAAUUAUUUGGAAGAAAUUUUUGAAAUGGACAAUCAUAUUGAACGUUUCUCGCUUAACGACCAUGACGCAGAAAAAUGGAAGGCGAGCAAGGUACCCUUAAAGAAGCUGGGCAACUGCGUGAGUAGCUUUAGCGUCUGGCAAGACGAUGAGAAUAAAGAGAAUCAAGAUCCAAAGGGAGGCGCAAAGGCUGUCAAGAAGCCAAUUCUCAAGUUGCACAAGUUCCUCAUCAAGGAUAUGUCCAUCGAGUGUCUGGAGCGUUUGCCGAGAUUCGAACCACCUUUGCGGUUCUCCGAAGCCCAGCAUCUACAACACCGUAACUUACCUCCUGAUGCUCCUCGGACGUGGCUUAUGGAGUGA